AUGCAUACAAACUACGUGCCAUACACAAAACUCUUCCUACACGACGUACACUCGCUUGCUCUUCUAGCAAAUGGACAUAUUCAAGUCCUAGACUCUUCAACGGGUUCUAUCCGUCAUUCAACAACGACAAAUGCAGAAUUGUCAGAGAAAGUUCAGAAGUCCGGUCAAAUUGUCGCAGCAGCCGUAGACGAAGGCUUCAAGUACCUUGUCACAGCGACCGGUGAUAAAUCCAUAAGGACAUGGGAAGUGGAAGGAUUGAGAGUCGUGAGUGAAAGAGAAGCACUAAAAAAGCCAACAGACAUUUGUCUUACGCGUGAUGCAGAAACGAUUCUGGUUUCUGAUAAGUUCGGAGACGUCCAUAGGUUAGUAUCUCUGCAUCUGCAUACAACACCAGCGCGGGCUAUAUUGACAGUUGGUAUCCGGAGGUAUCCAUUACUUGCUUCAGGCAAGAAAGACGUCGAGGCAGAGGCUUCAUUACUCCAAAAAUCAGAUAGUAUGGUACCUUCAAAGCGUCGUGUCGAUGAAAGCCUACUACUAGGACACGUCUCGCUCUUAACCACCCUCCUUCUCACAAAAGACGAGAAAUACAUCAUCACGGCAGACAGAGACGAGCACAUCCGAGUAAGUUGGUAUCCCGAAGCUUACACCAUCGAACGAUUUUGUCUCGGGCACAAAAAAUUCGUUUCGGCUCUCCAUAUACCUACAUGGGACCACUCCUUACUUAUCUCAGGUGGUGGAGACCCAGAACUCAAAAUAUGGAAUUGGAUGGAAGGAUCACUAAUUCACAACAUCCCAAUCACCGAUUUAGUCAAGCCAUUCGUUAAAGUCAUCCGUAGAAGACCUGCGCGUGGCGAAGGCGGAAGUGACGCAGAAGGUGAAGGAAGUUCUACUAAACUAAGCUCAAGGGCUAGGCGAAGAAAUAAGAAGAGACAAGUUAAGGGAAAGGUGAUUGUAGAACCUGAAACUCAGUCGGAUGCCGAAGAAGAAAAAGAUACGAGGGAUAAAAAGGACGACAUGCAAGUAGACGAGCAGGAACCCGACGAGUCUGCGAAUGGUAGCAAACCGGAACCGCCAAGCGAAGAGACUGCACCCCUCCUAGCCAUCCAGAAAAUAUCCACCUUCGAGUCUAGCUCAAGCAGAUUCAUAAUCUUCUCAGCACAUGGUGCCACAGCACUAUUCUAUUGCAACUUCCCGACCUCUUCGGAUGAAUCACCAAAAGUUCAAUCCGUUGCCCUUAAUCACCCAGUUCUGGACUUCACUCCAUGGUCAAACGAGAAUGAGAUAUGGGUAGCAGUUGACGGCAACCGAUCGGAAACGGCUUCCUCAAUUCCGACUAGUGGGGAAUUUAUCAAAAUUGUGAAGAUUGUAGAUAGUGAGCUCGUCCUAAGCGAUGCCAGUUCACACCAAGCAUUAGCGAAUUCAUUGAACACGACUAAUCGUUUGGAAGUAUCACAAGAUUCGCUUAAGGUCGUCGACCUCUACUCUGCCCUAGUCGUCCUCCCGAAAAAUAUAGACGCCGAUCAUAACGCAAUGGACGACGAGGCAUUACUGUCAGAGGCGAACUCAGGUCAACUCACUGGGAAGGAGCUGGGACGUCUGAAGUCAAAGAAAGCUGUUCUAGCCCACCAGGCGGUAAUAUCAAACAAGCGAGAGCAGAGUGGCACUCCCGUCAAUGAUCGGGAUCUUAAGAGGCAAAAAAGCGAGUCUGAAGCAGGCUGA